GACCACGUGACCGGCGCCAACAUGGCGGCGCCCAGCGGCGUCCACCUGCUCGUCCGCAGAGGUCAUCAUAGAAUUUUCUCUUCGCCACUCAAUCAUAUCUACUUACAUAAGCAGUCAAGCAGUCAACAAAGAAGAAAUUUCUUUUUCCGGAAACAAAGAGAUAUUUCAUACAGUAUAGUUUUGCCUGCUGCAGUUUCUUCGGCUCAUCCAGUCCCUAAGCACAUAAAGAAGCCAGACUAUGUGACGACAGGCAUUGUACCCGACUGGGGAGACAGCAUAGAAGUUAAGAAUGAAGAUCAGAUUCAAGGGCUUCGUCAGGCUUGUCAGCUGGCCCGUCAUGUCCUCCUCCUGGCCGGGAAGAGUUUAAAGGUUGACAUGACAACUGAAGAGAUAGAUUCCCUUGUUCAUCAGGAAAUCAUCAGUCAUAAUGCCUAUCCCUCGCCUCUAGGCUAUGGAGGUUUUCCAAAAUCUGUUUGUACUUCUGUAAACAACGUGCUCUGUCAUGGUAUUCCUGACAGUCGACCUCUUCGGGAUGGAGAUAUCAUCAACAUUGAUGUGACGGUCUAUUACAAUGGCUACCAUGGAGACACCUCUGAAACAUAUUUGGUGGGCAAUGUGGACGAAUGUGGUAAAAAGUUAGUGGAGGUUGCUAGGAGGUGUAGAGAUGAAGCAAUUGCAGCUUGCAGAGCAGGGGCUCCCUUCUCUGUAAUCGGAAACACAAUCAGCAGCAUAACCCAUCAGAAUGGUUUGCAAGUCUGUCCACAUUUUGUGGGACAUGGAAUAGGAUCUUACUUUCAUGGACAUCCAGAAAUUUGGCAUCAUGCGAAUGACAACGAUCUACCUAUGGAGGAGGGCAUGGCCUUCACUAUAGAGCCAAUCAUCACCGAGGGAUCCCCUGAGUUUAGAGUCCUGGAGGAUGCGUGGACUGUGGUCUCCCUGGACAAUCAAAGGUCGGCCCAGUUCGAACACACAGUUCUCAUCACGUCGCGGGGCGCGGAGGUCCUCACCAAACUGCCGCACGAAGGCUGAAAUCCAGCCGGCGGACUUUUAGAAGAAACGGGAACGGCAGGUCGCGCGUUAACCCACCUACCUAAUAGCGUCUUGGAAAAAUGCGGCGGGGAUUAGGGGCGGCUGGGGACUCAGACUGGAAACUCUGCCGGGGCCGCGCGACUUCGGAAAGACGGAUCCUGGCCCCGGCUCGGCUUCCCAGCGCGAGAAGCGCAUCUGGAGGGGAAUGGGGACGCCCUCCUUUGGGAGAUGAGGGAUUCCAGGAGAAGCGAGGUUUUCUCCUUCCCUUGUCCUGACUCUGCCCGAGUAAAAAGCCUCUUAAACCC